AUGGUCAACACAUAUACCAUCAAUAUCAACAACCAGAGUGGCAGCGUUGCCAAUUACACCUUGUUUACCGAGGUCCCACAGGUUACCGCUAAUGUUCAGCCCAAACUCUGGUCCAACGUUUUUGCAAGUGCCACUGCGGGCCGAGGUCAACCGACGGUCUUCACUGUCUACAAGCAAUUCUACGCCGUUCUCGGGAACUCGCAUGGCACCCCGGCGUCCGGUGUCACUGUCAGUGUCAGUGAUAAGCGACCUGUUACACUGGGUCACAUGGACAAUAUUAGCGGUAAAACCGUUGAUGGCGACACUCAGUUAAUGAUCAGUGUGAACCAAAUCCCUGAGUUCGCUCCUGAUCAGCCUCCCAACGCUGGCAAAACCGGAGCUUUUGCGUUCAAGACAGACGAUCGAUUCGAUGUCUCCACCGCUAAGAGUAAUAACUGGAUUAUCGGUCUCGGCGGCGCUGACUCUGGGGGCAACUUCACCGGACCUUCGGCAGUCUUCGUUCCCGAGCCGAACCAGACCUAUCAGAUCCAGCCAAAGGUCGUGUACUACCUGACGGAGGGUAAAUACACCCCUGGAAAUAUUAUCGAUCGUCAGAGCCUCAAUAAUGAUGUUCUGAAACUGGACUUCACCAGCGUUGAUGGGAAUGGCACGAAGAACGUUGUCCACACUCCAAACGGACAUCUGGUUCCUAGUGACCAUUGA